CUCCACCCGACUCUUGUUCAACUUUUUCUGCCGCCAUGGGGGAGCUGCCGCUUCCGAUCGCAGCCAGUGCGUUGUUCACCUGCGAAUUGAGCUCUUAACGGCCUUUCCGCCCUCGAACUGCGGUAUUGUCCCCGCCUCCCGUGCGGACAUCUCCUGAACCCUCCGGCCCCCGCAAAGAAAAGUUGGUGAUCCUGUGGCCCGACGGCCGCCGCCGAACUUUUUCACCAUGUCCGCCGAAAUGGCAAACGAGAUCAAGUUGAUCAGCGGGCGCAGCCACCCCGAACUGAGCGAGAAGAUCGCCAAGCGACUCGGCAUCGAGGUCGCGAGAACCGUCUCUCUCAACUACUCGAACCAGGAGACCUCCUUCACCGUCGGCGAGUCGGUCCGCGACGAGGAUGUCUUCAUCGUGCAAUCCACCGCCACGGGCGACGUCAACGAAGGGCUGAUGGAGCUGCUGAUCAUGAUCUCAGCGUGCCGGACUGCUAGUGCCAGGAGGAUCACGGCUGUUAUCCCGAACUUCCCUUAUGCUCGACAGGACAAGAAGGACAAGUCGCGAGCUCCCAUCAGCGCCAGGUUGGUCGCAAACAUGCUGCAGACGGCCGGUGCCAACCACAUCGUAACCGUGGAUCUCCAUGCCUCUCAGAUCCUAGGUUUCUUCAGUGUCCCAGUCGACAAUUUGUACGCCGAGCCUUCCUUCCUUCGGUACAUUAGGGAGAACUUCAACACGGAAGACUGCGUCAUUGUCUCCCCAGAUGCUGGCGGUGCGAAGCGUGCUACAUCAAUUGCCGACCACUUGAACACUGCAUUCGCCCUGAUCCACAAGGAGCGUCCCCGGCCUAAUGUUGUUGGCCGCAUGGUUCUUGUUGGAAAUGUUGAGGACAAGAUUGCCAUUCUCGUCGACGACAUGGCGGAUACCUGCGGCACCCUGGUCAAGGCUGCCGCGGUGCUUAAGGAAAACGGCGCUAAAUCCGUCCUUGCACUUGUCACUCACGGCAUCCUGUCUGGAAACGCCAUUGAGACGCUGAACAGCAGCGUCCUUUCAGCCCUCGUCGUCACGAACACUGUCCCGCUAGGGGACAAGGUCCAGCGGUGUCCCAAGCUGCGUGUUAUUGACCUCAGCCCCACCAUCGCCGAGGCUAUCCGCCGCACCCACAACGGCGAGUCGGUUUCGUACCUCUUCACCCACGCCCCUGUUUAGUCCGGGACAAAAUAUGUACGGCGACGACGCCCCACUCCCGGACUUUGCGAAGCUUUGAUGAAACCAUGAUAUACGGAACAGUCAGGAAGGCAGCAUCAUUGGGCUGCCUGUGAGGAUAACUGGACGGUUUGAGGCGCGUAGACUCCCAGCAGGUUACGGAGUUUGACUGCGCGUAGUUGAUGGUCUAGGGAUUACACAUGGUCGGAGUUAGCGAUUCUUAAUUUGCAGUAUGGAUGUUGGCCUCACAGCCUCCUUGUGUCCUGGCACCCCAGGAUCGUAAUCAGAGACAGCUUGUGUGCUUGUGCUUGGCUUCCUAGCCUCCGUGAGAUACAUCAAUCGCAAUGCCCUGCCCCAAGAAUGGAGAAGGAGGCCUUGUCCGAGGAACGAACCACUAUUCAUGGUCAGUCUCUGGCUCC